AAUACGAUUCAUUUCAAAUCGAGAUGAAAAGGAUACAAGUUGUAUAAGGAUUCCACAGUCCAUAACGACUGCUUCAUUUUGCACUUUGCCUCUUUAACAAAGUCAGCCGGUGUGUUCAUGUACUUUGUACAUCAAACAUGGCAGCUAAAAGGGGUGUUGUCUUGCUGUUAUAUGCGAUAUGGUACUGUAUGGAAGCCUUCUUCAAAACUUGCAUCGAUCUUUUCGUUCCUUCGUCCUUCCGUCGACUGAAAGAUGUAAAAGGUGAGAUUGUUCUAAUAACAGGUGGCGGAGCAGGGCUUGGUCGUCAUCUUGCGAUAGGAUUCGCUAAGAGGAGAGCCACCGUGGUGAUCUGGGACGUGAACCAGCACGACAACGUGGAAACAGCGCGUAUGAUACGAGAGCUAGACGCCGGAGACGUGUACGCCUACACGGUGGAUGUCAGCAAGGCCGACCAAGUGUAUGCUGCGGCCGAGAGAGUUCGACAAGAGGUCGGCGAUGUGACGAUGCUGGUCAACAAUGCGGGAAUAGCACAUUACAAACCGGUUCUGGAGUGUUCUGAGGAAGUUGUCCAAAGAACUGUCGAUGUCAACGCCGUCUCGCAUUUUUGGCUCCACAAAGCCUUCCUUCCUGCCAUGAAAGCCCAAAACAGCGGCCACAUUGUCACCAUUGGCAGCAUCAUAGCCUACGCCCCAUACAGGUCUAUGGGUGCGUACACUUCCAGCAAGUGUACCGUGAUAGGUAUCCACGAAUCCUUACAGCUAGAUCUGGCCUACGAGAACUCUGCCAUUAAAUUGACGCUGGCGUGCCCUAGUGGACUUGCAACAGGCAUGAUACUGGGACGUAUAAACACUGGGGGAGCAUUGCUCAGUCGACCUGAUGAUGCGGCCGAGGAAAUCAUAGAGGGCGUCCUUCUGGAAAAGCGGGUAUUGUGCGUGCCUUCUUCGGCUUACUUUAUGACCAUCGUUAAAAAUUUAAUACCUGUCAAACUGAUGGUGAUGUUACUCCGGUCUGUCAACUUGGAAAACACAUUCGUCGAAGACAAGGAAAAAUCUGAAGGUGGCACCGAUGGUGGUGGUGAUGAUGAUGAUGAUGAUGAUAAUGAUGAUGGGAAGGAAUAGACGGCUGUUCCAUGUCCUAAUCAGACCUAAUAGGCAUCAGGACUCGGGAAACUAUUCUUCCUUGAAACUUGUGUAUAGCCAUGGGAUUUUAGAAGGCACUUCUAAGAGCGUUAUGUGCUAAAUUUAUUAUUGCACUUUUAUAAGGGCCUCCUAUCUCACAUUUUGUAAUUCUGGUAUUAUGCAUGGCUCCUUGAAAAACGGGUGAUCAUGAAAGCUUAUACAUGUCCCGACAACAUAGUUAUUUGUACUUUAAAUUACAGGAAUUGACGUGUGAAGAAUUGUACUGGUCGGUAUCUUUACAAUGAGGAAGAUAGAGUUUAAUAAAAUAUUAGCUAUUAACAAAUCGAAGGAAAAUAACAACGUACUCCAAAUAUAGGACACAUUAUUACAUUAUUGCUGAGUGAACUGUUACGCAGAUUGAAAAUGAAUUUACAAUUAUUUUAAGGAACUCUAAUUAAAUUGAGCACAAAAACACAAACGGGCACUAUUCUGUCCAUUUGCUUUGUUUAUAUUCAUUAAUCAUUUCAUAACAAGAUCAACAGAAAUCAGAUCUUUCAUUAAUGUCAUUUUUCUCGAAAUGUUAGACAUAAUCUUUUAACCAAGACUAUCGAUUGCAAGCUUUCUUGUAUAGGAAUUGAAGUUGGUUUAUAUCACUUUCAUGCACUAGGCCUACUCUUGUUUGCGUUUCAUUUGUUCGUUUGCUUAAUUCUUUGUGUUUUCUUGUCUUGUUUGCUGCCUGUUUCACUAUUUGCUUUCUUGUUUUACCGUGACCAACAGUUCUGAGAGAACUCUUAGCUUGAAUAUAAGAAAAGACUACUUACCUGCUUUAUGAAUUCUUUUCCAUCACUCGCCAUAAUUCCUCUUGUCCAUACAGUGUAUCUUAAUCACCAAUCUGAAUAUGAUGUAGGCGGCUCUUAGGCCCGCAAAUAGCUACCAAUGCACACGGCGUCGCGUAUAAAAACGAAACAGCUCAGAUGAUCAUGAUGUCGAAAACUGCACUAUGUCAAGAUGUUCCUUCAUAUUUGUCAACUAAAAGGUUUACAGCUAUGCACUAACAAGCAAAAUUUCAUAAACGACUAUAUCUGAGGACUUUCAAGACCAAUGUUGGUAUAAUAUAAUUAUUCAGAUACUGAAGUCAAACGUAAUCUUUUGAGUAGAUCUAUUAAAAAGGGUGCUGAAAUGAAACGGUUACACUGUUAAAAAUUAUGUUGCUCAACAAUGAGUUUUCUGUGAGCGCAAGUAGCCUCCCUCAACCUUGCCUAAGCUGUUUUGUCUUCCACAAACGUUAGUGUUGGAGUCCGAAAACAACUUCUGUCCAUGUACAAAAUGAACCUCUGUAACACGACAUUAAUUUUGUAAUGAGACUUAACAUAAGGGUCUAUGUAAAGAUACAUGGAUUUUCUAUAAGUGCACGUUUGGGU